CAGCCAAAUGGCCUACAUCAGCAAUUCGGCCCCAGUUUCUUGUCAACGAGCCUAAUUAUUUUGCACAAUGUAUGGCGUCAUUGGGGUCAUGCCCAACGACGAUUAUGGCCAUCUAUGCUUGUAGAGGCAUUCUUUCCUCUCUACUCCUCCCUCCAUUCCGCCUCUGUGUAUCUCGAUCCCUUUCAGACCAGCUCUCUCUGGACUCUGGCCGACUCGUCAUCGUUGUUACCCGCUCAAUCUCGUCUCCAUGCUUCCUCACUCCUAAGCUUCACUUUCACCAUUAGACCUUGUCUGCCCCAUUGCUGUCACAUAAGUCACCAGACAGGCCUAAUCAACGUCACAUCGACAACGUGCUAUAGAGGCGGACACAGGCGAGCCUGGCGACAAGGGCAAAUGCCUGAGGCUCGACCUCAUCCGUUCCCGCCAAUCCGGACGUGUUGGCAACAGCUGACGUCCAUCUGUGUCGACGUCCGACCGGUUGGUUGA